GUUUCAUUGAAGGUGAGAAUAUUUUCCCGAGACUUCAAUAACACGCAAGAUGGAGGACGGCAGAAUGACGGAGGCUCGUCUCAAGCAGCUGUGCAAAGACCAUCAACUCUACCUCACGCCUGCAUUGAACGAUGUACUUUACCUCCAUUACCAGGGGUUCUUUGAGAUUGAGAACCUGGAUGAGUACUCAGAACUGAGGUGCUUGUGGCUUCAGAACAACCACUUGAGAACCUUGUCUAGAGGGCUGUCUCAUCUCACCAAACUGAGAGCCCUCUACCUUCACCACAACCACAUCACUUGCUUGGAUGGGUUGCAACCAUUAACUUCUCUCGUCACGCUCAACCUCUGCCACAACCACAUCACCAACGUUGAUUUUCUUGAUGGUUUACCGCAGCUGGAGACGCUACAGUUGAGUCACAACCAGCUGCGUAGCGCCGACAGCAUCAGUUCGCUGCGGCGCUGCCGGGCGCUCUCCAGCCUCGACCUCUCGCACAACUUGCUGGCCGGCGCCUGUGUUCAGGACGUGGGUCUGGCUUAG